CACUACUUCUAGAUGGACAUUUCUGUGGCAACGUUUCGCCAGUGAAGACAGCAGCUGCUUGCCGCUCCACUCCACAAGCUCCUACAUGCUGGAUUAAAAAGAAAGUGAGGAGAGGAACAGGGGGAGAUCUCUGAACAUGAGUGAGGAGGCUAAGGAGAAAGCAGGCGGCGGAAAAGCAGCACAUCGCAAGAAGAAAGGCAAAAAGUCUGACAGCAAUGCCAGUUACCUGCGAGCUGCCCGGGCAGGAAACCUAGAAAAGGUCCUUGACUACCUCAAGUCUGGGGUUGAGAUUAACAUUUGCAAUCAGAAUGGCCUGAACGCUCUCCAUCUAGCCUCGAAGGAGGGGCAUGUGGAGGUUGUUGCUGAGCUGCUGAAGCUGGAAGCAGAUGUGGAUUCAGCCACAAAGAAAGGAAACACUGCUCUGCACAUAGCCUCGCUGGCUGGCCAAACGGAAGUCGUCAAAGAGCUGGUCACAAAUGGAGCCAAUGUCAAUGCACAAUCACAGAAUGGCUUCACUCCUCUGUACAUGGCCGCCCAGGAGAAUCACCUGGAGGUGGUACGAUUCCUUUUGGAGCACAGCGCCAGCCAGAGUAUGGCCACUGAGGAUGGCUUCACUCCUCUGGCGGUGGCCCUCCAGCAGGGCCAUGACCAGGUGGUCUCCUUGCUGCUGGAGAAUGAUACAAAGGGCAAGGUACGCCUACCUGCCCUGCACAUCGCUGCCCGCAAGGAUGACACCAAGGCCGCGGCCCUGCUCCUGCAGAAUGACCACAACGCAGAUGUUGAGUCCAAGAUGAUGGUGAAUAGAACAACAGAGAGUGGUUUCACCCCCCUCCACAUCGCGGCUCACUAUGGCAACAUCAACGUGGCCACGCUUCUGCUAAACAGAGGAGCUGCUGUGGACUUCAUGGCUCGGAAUGACAUCACUCCGCUUCAUGUGGCUUCAAAAAGGGGCAACAGCAACAUGGUCAAGUUGUUGCUGGACAGAGGGUCCAAAAUUGAUGCAAAGACCAAGGAUGGUCUGACACCUCUUCACUGUGGGGCGAGGAGCGGGCACGAGCAAGUGGUAGAAAUCCUACUAGACCGAGGAGCUCCUUUCCUGUCCAAGACCAAGAACGGGCUAUCGCCGCUCCACAUGGCCACUCAGGGGGACCACCUGAACUGCGUCCAGCUGCUGCUCCAUCACGACGUGCCGGUGGACGACGUCACCAACGACUACCUGACGGCGCUGCACGUCGCUGCCCACUGUGGUCAUUACAAGGUGGCCAAGCUUAUCGUAGACAAGAAGGCCAACCCAAACGCCAAAGCUCUGAACGGUUUCACUCCGCUUCACAUCGCCUGCAAGAAGAACAGAGUGAAAGUGAUGGAGCUGUUGCUCAAACAUGGAGCAUCUAUCCAGGCUGUCACUGAGUCUGGCCUCACGCCCAUCCACGUGGCAGCCUUCAUGGGCCAUGAGAACAUUGUCAAUGCACUGACAAACCACGGAGCCUCACCGAACACGACCAACGUACGAGGAGAGACGUCUCUCCACAUGGCAGCCAGGGCAGGUCAGGCAGACGUGGUCGGAUACCUGCUCAAGAACGGAGCCAAGGUGGAGACCAAGUCCAAGGAUGACCAGACAGCGUUGCACAUCUCCAGUCGGCUGGGGAAAGUCGACAUUGUCCAACAGCUGCUGCAGUGCGGCGCCUCUGCCAAUGCCGCCACCACCUCAGGCUACACCCCCCUUCACCUGGCUGCCCGCGAAGGACACCAAGAUGUUGCUGUGAUGCUGCUGGAGAACGGCGCCUCCCUCUCCUCCUCAACUAAGAAAGGCUUCAGCCCCCUGCACGUGGCUGCGAAGUACGGCAAGAUGGAGGUGGCCAGUCUCCUCCUCCAGAAGAGAGCCUCGCCGGAUGCUGCUGGAAAGAGUGGGCUAACUCCACUGCAUGUAGCCGCUCACUACGAUAAUCAGAGAGUGGCGCUGCUGCUGCUGGAUCAGGGAGCUUCCCCACACGCUGCCGCCAAGAAUGGCUACACGCCGCUCCACAUCGCUGCCAAGAAGAACCAAUUGGACAUCGGGACCACACUGCUGGAGUACGGCGCCGACACCAACGCAGUGACGCGGCAAGGCAUCAGCCCCAUUCACCUUCGCAGCACAGGAGGCAGCGUGGACCUGGUGUCCCUGCUGCUCACCAAGAACGCUAACGUCAACAUGGUGCAACAGAGCGGACUUACACCACUCCACUUUGCAGCACAGGAAGACAAGGUCAAUGUGGCAGAAGUCCUUCUCAACCACGGCGCUGAUGUCGACCCACAAACAAAGAUGGGUUACACUCCGCUGCACGUGGCUUGUCACUAUGGCAACGCAAAGAUGGCAAACUUCCUGCUGCAGAACCAUGCCAGCGCCAAUGGCAAAACCAAGAAUGGGUACACUCCUCUCCACCAAGCGGCUCAGCAGGGCCACACCCACAUCAUUAACCUGCUGCUUCAGCGCGGGGCCCUGGCUAACGAGCUCACCGUGAAUGGGAACACUGCCCUAUCAAUCGCCCGUCGCCUGGGAUACAUCUCUGUGGUGGACACUCUGAGGCCUGUGACAGGAAACCUGACCACCAUGAGUACAUCAGAAAAACACAAAAUCAAUGUCCCAGAGACCAUGAAUGAGUUCCUCGACUUGUCCGACGAUGAAGGUGAGGAUGCAUUGACCGGGGACACGGACAAAUACCUGCGGCCUCAGGACCUCAAAGAGCUGGGGGAUGACUCUCUCCCCCAGGAGGGGUACAUGGGUUUCAGCAUAGGAGCCCGCUCAGCCAGCCCUAGACUCAGCCUCCGCUCCUUCAGUUCGGAUAGGUCCAACACACUAAACCGGAGCUCCUUUGCACGGGACAGUAUGAUGAUCGAAGAGAUUCUGGCGCCCACGAAGGACACGGUAAGAUCAAUUUCUUGCCCUUUCCUCCUUCUCUCUGUAGAUCACCUGGCUGUGACCGGAGACUACAGCUCUGAGUGUCUGCGGCGCUACAGCUGGACUCCGGACACCAUGGACCACAGCCACAACACUGUGUCCAGUCCCAUUCACUCCGGCCUCUCCUCCCCGCUCCCUCAGUAUGACUCCAGGUUCCUGGUCAGCUUCAUGGUUGAUGCCCGUGGCGGCUCCAUGAGAGGCAGCCGCCACAAUGGCAUGCGCAUCAUCAUCCCUCCUCGGAAGUGCACGGCGCCCACACGCAUCACCUGUCGUCUGGCCAAAAGGCACAAGCUGGCCUACCCCCCGCCCAUGGUGGAGGGAGAGGGGCUGGUCAGCCGGCUGGUAGAGGUCGGACCAGCUGGUGCUCAGUUUCUCGGUCCGGUGAUUGUGGAGAUCCCUCAUUUUGGGUCCAUGCGGGGGAAAGAGAGGGAGCUGAUUGUGUUGAGGAGUGACAAUGGUGACACGUGGAAGGAGCACCAGUCUGACGCCAGACCCCAAGACCUCUUUGAGCUGCUUACAGGAAUGGAUGAAGAGUUGGACAGUCCUGCCGAAUUGGAGAAGAAGCGCAUUUGCCGCAUCGUCACCAGCGAUUUCCCUCAGUAUUUUGCCGUGGUGUCGCGGAUCAAGCAGGAGUCUAACCACAUGGGUCCUGACGGAGGGCUGCUGUCCAGCAGCACCGUGCCCAUGGUCCAGGCCUCGUUCCCACAGGGGGCGCUCACCAAGAGGAUCCGUGUUGGCCUCCAGGCCCAGCCUGUGCCAGAUGACAUGGCGAGGGCGGUCCUUGGCAACAGAGCCACCUUCAGCCCCAUAGUCACCGUUGAGCCAAGGAGGAGGAAGUUCCACAAGCCGAUCACGAUGACGAUCCCUGUCCCGCCACGAUCGGCAGAAGGCCAUCCCAGCGGCCACCGGGGCGACGCUGCACCCUGCCUGCGUCUGCUCUGCAGCAUCACAGGAGGGACGUCCCCGGCCCAGUGGGAGGACAUCACAGGGACCACACCGCUGUCCUUUGUCACCGAUUGCGUCUCCUUCACCACGAAUGUGUCGGCCAGGUUCUGGCUCGCAGACUGUCACCAGAUUCCUGAGACGGUGAGUCUAGCGUCUCAGUUAUACCGGGAGCUGAUCUGCGUGCCGUACCUGGCCAAGUUUGUGGUGUUCGCCAAGAUGAACGACGCCAUUGAGGCUCGACUGCGCUGCUUCUGCAUGACAGACGACAAAGUGGACAAGACCCUCGAGCAGCAGGAAAACUUUGAGGAAGUGGCCCGGAGCAAAGAUAUCGAGGUUCUCGAGGGCAAGCCCAUCCACGUGGAUUGCUAUGGCAACCUGUCCCCUCUCACCAAAAGUGGGCAACAGCUGGUUUUUAACUUCUUCUCCUUCAAGGAAAACAGGCUUCCUUUCAACGUGAAGAUCAGAGAUAUGGGCCAGGAGCCAUGUGGCCGCCUCUCCUUCCUGAGAGAGCCAAAAUCCAUUAAAGGUCUUCCACAGACUGCCAUAUGCAAUUUGAAUAUCACACUGCCAACCCACAAGAAGGAUAUGGAGUCUGAUCCUGAUGAUGAGACCGAAAAGCCAGAACGACGUCAUACCUUUGCCUCCUUAGCUUUGCGUAAGCGCUACAGCUAUUUGACCGACCCAGCAGCGAAAACAACUGAUCGAAGCUCGCCGAGAACACAGCCUUCUAGCUACCCUCACAAACCUGUCUUUUCAACGAGAUCUUAUCAGGCGUGGUCGCCUGUUCCUGUCGCCGUCCCUGGCCAAGCCAAGUCUGGGUUUGGCUCCCUCUCCAGUUCGUCAUCCAACACGCCCUCUGCCUCUCCAUUAAAGUCUGUCUGGUCCAUCAACUCUGCCUCCCCCAUCAAGACCAACAUCCCGGGAUCACCUGCCUCUUCCGUAAAGUCAGUUAGUGACAUGGCCUCUCCCAUCCGAUCUUACAGAACCAUCUCCUCUCCUAUAAAAACUGUAGUCCAGCAAUCCCAGUACCCAGUACAGGUCAGCCCCAGUCCCCUGGCCUCGCCAGGUAGAAGCGCCCCAGAUACGAUAUCCAUGAAAGGACUGGCAGCAUUGUCAGCUAGGACCUCCCCGAUAACUGUCUCUGGAGGAGGAAGCCCUCUUCUUGAGAGAACAUUGAUGAGCAUGACCCCUCCAACCUCUCCCAAAUCUUCCCUGAGUAUGUUCAGUUCACCCCUGCCAUACAAGACCGUAAUGGGGGGCUCUUGUGGCACAGGAUCUUCCUCCUCACCCAUAAAAACCGUCCCUGGUCUCUCCUCUGUGCGUUCCUUUGCCUCAGAUGUCACUGGCCCUGCAAGAAUCCUGUUCUCCUCACUUUCGUCACCACUUAAAUCCAACACUCCACCAAGUGCUGCAGCUCUGAUCAAUGGAACUGUGUCACCUACACAGUACCGCUCCUCAUCUCCAACAUCGCUUCUCGCAAACAGUCUUCAAGAGAGAAUACAAGCAACCACCAACGCUGCGACUACAAGUGUCAAUGCUGCCUUUGAUGAGGUUGAAAAAACAUUCAAUUCUUGUUCUGCGGGCUAUGGCACCUUGAAGUCAUUGUCCUCUUCACCAUCCUCCUCAUAUCAGUCCAUUAGGUCAUCAGCUUCUAAUUCCCUUUACGCCUCUCUGAGAUCCCCUCCUAACACCACCACUACUGUAACAUCCAGUACAAUGACUGUUCCUGUGUACUCUGUUAUUAAUGUGCUGCCUGAGCCCCAGUUUAAGAAGUUACCCGAGGUGUCAAAGUCAGCUGCUGCCCUUCUGUCCCCGAGGAAGACGGUGCCCGUUGAGGUGAAUGCUCAGAUGCAGUCUUCCUUUGCCAGAACUCUCUCCCCAAUCAAAGCCCCUCUUUUUUCUGCUGGCAUCAAAUCAAAUGCCACAUCGCCACUUUCAUCGAGCCAAGAGAUUCUGAAAGAUGUAGCCGAAAUGAAAGAGGACUUGAUACGAAUGUCAGCCAUUUUGCAGACAGACCCGAAUUCCACAGCCAAUAAAGGAUUUCAGUCUGAUUCUUCAAAAGAGGCUAGGAUAGAGGACGAGGAGCCAUAUAGAAUUGUGGAGAAAGUAAAACAAGAUUUGGUAAAAGUGAGCGAAAUCCUUACCAAAGACUCUGUGAAGGAUGGUAGGGUUUCAAGAGGUUCUUUGGAUGACAUACACUUCUCAAAAGUACAAGUUGAACAACCACCAAGCAACUGGAGCUAUCCACCAAGAUAUGAGUCUGUGGUUCCUCAAGCAAAAUCAAAAACAAUACCAGAUAGAGAUUUCAAUCUCUCCAAAGUGGUUGACUACCUGGCCAAUGAUGUUGGGAGCAGCUCUUUCUCCAAAAUGCAUGACACAAAACAUAAAGCAGAUGAGGGAAAGAGAGAAGGAGAGGGCAAAGAGAAGCAGAAACGUGUCCUUAAACCCACCAUAGCAGUUCAGGAGCACAAGCUCAAAAUGCCCCCAACAAACAUGCGCUCAUCAGCUUCAGACAGAGAGAUGAGUAAAGUAGCAGAUGCGCUUUUUGGUGCAGACACUGUGCUAGACUCCCCUGAUGAUAUCUCACAUGAACAGGAUAAAAGCCCCCUCUCAGACAGUGGCUUUGAGACCCGGAGUGAAAGGACACCUUCUGCUCCUCAGAGUGCUGAGGGCAUGGGCCCCAAGGCCCUUUUUCAGGAUAUCCCAGUUCCCCCAGUAAUCACUGAAACUAGGACUGAGGUUGUUCAUGUCAUCAGGAGCUAUGAGCCCCCAGAGGAUAACAAACAACCUGGAAUGGAGGAUGCACAUCUUGUCAGAUAUAUUGAUUCAGAUUCUAAAGGGCAUCAAGCUACAUUAAUUCCAGAUCAGAAUAAAUGCUAUUCAAUAAAGGUCAGCCCUGAUGAUGAUCCAAUGGGAAAAGGGAUGAGGGUGAAGGAGGAGACUCACAUCACUACCACCACCAGGAUGGUGUACCACAAACCACAUGGCAAAGAAGCAGCAUCGGAGCGGUGUGAGGAAACCAUGUCUGUGCAUGAUAUAAUGAAGGCUUUUCAGUCAGGCAAAGACCCUUCUAGAGAGCUGGCUGGACUGUUUGAACACAAGUCCGGCAACGAGGAAACAUCACAAAGAGUCCUCGAGGACAUCAACUCCAAACCUAAGGUUGAAAGAAUAAUUGAGGUUCACAUUGAAAAAGGCAAUAAAACAGAACCAACAGAGGUCAUCAUCAGAGAGACAAAAAACCAUGCAGAGAAGGAAAUGUAUUACUACCCAGGGAAUAGACCGGAAGAAGAGGAGCCAGAGGAAUCACUUCCAGUGUACCUUGACUCCCCCAGAGUGAACACACCCAUGUCACAAGAGGAAGACAGUCGCCCUAGUUCAGCCCAGCUCAUGGCAGAUGACUCUUACAACACACUGAAGCUACUUAGCCAGCAAUCUGUGGAGUACAAUGAGGAUGAAGCAUCAGAGCUUAGGGGAGAAUCUUAUAAUUUUGCAGAGAAAAUGCUACUCUCUGAGAAAUUUGACCAGUCUCAUUCUGACACAGAGGAAUAUCUGAGGGAUCGGUCUCGCUUCCACUCACCAGACAGAAGCAGUAACAGUGAGGGUAGAUCGAUUGGACCAAGGACAGAGUAUGUCUUUAGGUCGUCGAGAAAUGUGUUUGACAAAUCUGGAAGAGUGGCCAAUGUCGAUGAUAACUUUGACAAACUGACACUUUUGCAGUAUUCGUCUGAGCCUGGUAGCCCAAAACAAUCAGUUUGGAUGCGUGUGUCAGAUGACACCCAGAGUAAGGAGAGAGAACAGCUUAUGUAUGAGGACAGAGUGGACAGGACUGUAAAGGAGGCAGAGGAAAAACUCAGUGAGGUAUCUCAAUUCUUUCGUGAUAAAACAGAACAGCUCAAUGAUGAGCUCUCGUCUCCCGAAAAGAAAUCUCGAAGACCAGACUUCAGAGAAUCACGAUCUGGGCCCAGUUCUACACACAGCAGUCCAGAAAGGGCAUCUUAUAGGAAUGGAGGUAGUGGGGAAGAGUGGAGUAGAGAAAGGCUUAGAGAUAGGUUCAGCUCCAGUGACAGGAAAUGUGCCAGUUUGCCCAGCAGUCCAGAGAGAAGGGUAUUGCUGCAGUACAGCGAAUCAGACCCAAGAAAACAAGGAGAUACUAAAUCACAGGCGAGCACUGGUGAAAGCCCUAAACCUUUUCAAAUGUCUUCCUCCAAAGUCAGUGCAGUGAGGCUAAAGUUUGAACAAGAGGCUCAAAGGCAAGAUUGGAGUCCUCAGGGUGGCCAAAAUUCAAAUCCUCCGAUCAGGAAACUCCAGGAAAGUAAGCUGCCUGUGUAUCAGGUGUUCGCUGGUCCAAACAUUCCAAAAGCACCAGACAGUCCGGGAAACCAGAGAAGACGUCUAGAUAGUGAGUCAAACAAGUUCUCACCCAAGCAUGAGACAAGUGGAAAAGAUCAGGAAGAGAACAAGUCAUUCAAAACAUGGGAGAGCCAAGACUACGGGACUUAUAAACCCCAAUCUCCCAAAUUAUCUCAGUCUUUAAUCCCUGAUUCUAUAAAAGAUGGCAAUAAUAGUGAUUCACAAAUUCAAGAAACCACCAAGAAAAUAAUCUACACAGAAUGUGUUGUCCGAGAAAGUCCAAAUAGCAAUGAUAGUCUAAAAAAAAACUCGGAAUCACAAAUUCCUAUAAGAAAGCCAUCUAAUUUCUCAGAAAAUCACAAAUCCACCACUUUAAAAUUAGAUGCCUCUGUUGAACCCCAUGAGAGGACAGGGUCUCAUAUACCUACUUUAGCUAGAAAUCAGUUACACAGUAGCUCUGAAUCCAACAAGUCUACUCGUGGAUCAUCCCUAGGAAAAUCCACAGACUCAUCAGAUGGUAGCCUGUCGAAUGUUGUGUGUAAUGGUGUUGAUAGUGACCAAGUAGAGUAUUUGGAUGAAUUAAUUCCUGUAGUUGUCACAGAGGGCUUCAAAGAUAUUAAACCCUUACCUGUGUAUGUUAGCAUCCAAGUAGGAAAGCAGUAUGAAAAGGAAACGGCUUCGGGGCAGCUGGGAACGUACAAAAAGAUAGUUAGCCAUGAGAGUAGGACAGUGCAUGAGACUAGGGGUGCAUUUUACACUGUCAAGCAAAAGCAGUCUCCAUCUCCUCAAGGAAGUCCAGAAGAUGACACUCUACAACAAGUGACUUUAAUGGACAGCUCUGGGAAAAGUUAUGUUACCCCUGAGACCCCCAGCUCAGAGGACGUGAGUCUGGCUUCAAGAACACCAGACUCUGUGAUAGGCUUCAUGCCUGGCAUGCCAAGCCCUAUCGCAGAGGAGUCUGAGGAGGAAGAAGGGAAGACCUUCAUCUAUAAGGGGCCCUCAAAGGAAAAAUCAAAGCCAGCUUCCUCAGAAAAUCACAGCAGAAAACAGGAAACAGAGAGACAAAGGUCAAGGGGUAAAAGAGUGGCUUACAUUGAGUUCCCACCUCCUCCUCCUUUAGAGGCAGAGCAGUCUGAACCUGAGAAAAGGGGCUCUUGUGCUUCUUCUGAGGCGGAGACAGAGAUGAUAGAGGUGAACCUCCAAGAGGAGCAUGAUAGGCACCUCUUAGCCGAGCCUAUCAUCAGGGUCCAGCCUCCAUCCCCUAUUCCCCCUGGAGCUGAUAACAGCGACUCCAGUGAUGAUGAGUCAGUCUUCCAUCCCAUCCCUGUCAAAAAGUACACUUUCAAAAUGAAAGAAGAGGGAGAGAAACAUCCCAAAAAAUCAGACAAAAACGAAAUGAAUGAGUCUGAGAUCAACGGUGUCGAAAAUGAAGAUGAUGCAGACUCUGAUCAAAAUGGCAAUGACCAGUCAAUCACUGACUGCUCCAUAGCAACCACUGCUGAGUUCUCCCAUGACACAGAUGCUACUGAAAUUGACUCUUUAGAUGGGUAUGAUCUUCAGGAUGAGGAUGACGGAUUGAGCGAGGACCCUAAAAUAUGUAGUCUAUCCAAUGAUGGGAAAACAACCGACCGCUCAUUUAGUCAGUCCAAGCUUGAAGUGAUAGAGGAAGAGAAAUGUGAAGAAGGGGGGGAUAAUGUAAAGACUAAAACCAACACAUCCUCAGCCAGUGGAGAUGAGAAGGAUUAUACCCUUGAAGGAAGACAUCCAGAAAGGCAAAGCUUGGCAGAAAACUACUUUGGCUACCAACUUGAAGAGGAGCUGAAUUCAACCUUCAAAACUGUUACCACCAAAGGCCUGGACUUUGACCCCUGGUCCACUAAAGGGGGUGAUGAUGAUGGGGUUUUUGAGUCCAAAGCAAAAGAUGAGGACCCCAAGCCCUUUGGUUUAUCGGUGGAGGACCAAUCACAGGCUACAACACCUGACACAACCCCUGCUCGAACCCCGACUGAUGAGAGCACACCGACUAGUGAGCCUAACCCCUUCCCUUUCCACGAAGGGAAGAUGUUUGAGAUGACCCGCAGUGGUGCUAUUGACAUGAGCAAGCGGGACUUUGUUGAAGAGAGGCUUCAGUUUUUCCAGAUUGGUGAGCAUUCCUCUGACCCUAAAACAGGGGAAAAGGGGAGAGGGGGCAAGAUCCUGGGGGUAAUUUCCUCUCAGUCAGGGGAGAGGGCCACAGUAGAUGGGAUGGUGAAGGUUAUAGAUACUACCACAGACAGCAGCACAACACCAGCAACACCAGCAACAACAACAGCAAAAUGCAGCACUGCACAGCCUGGCAGUGACGCUGGCUAUACCGGUACUGAUGCCCCCACCUGUGAAGCCAUAGCUGAGACCGCCUCCUCAUGCACAAUCACAGCCUCUAAGGUUGAUCCCAAAUUACGCACUCCUAUUAAAAUGGGCAUAGCUGCCUCUAUAACUGUGAAAAAAGACUCAGGGGAUCUCACCGAUUGUAAAGCUGAGAUGUCAGAGGGUCAGAUGGUGCCGGAAUACAUCAGUAUAGAGGGCCAGUGUACAGAGAGCCAGUCUAGCAGACACACUGAUGCCGAGUUAGAGAGAAGAGAGUUCCCUUCUGAAAACUGCAACAACAACAAUAACCUUGAGUCCUCCAGUGUUCAGGCCAACUACAUUCAAUGUGGUAGCGUGGUGUUUAAUUUGCAGUCCUCCUCUGAGCCCACUCUUCAAAAAGCUAGCAGGAUAGAAACACUGUGCUGUAGGGAUGUAGAAGAGAGAGUGGAAGUACACAACAGCAGUGAAGUGCAGGAGCAGAGAAGUGAAACCGUCAAAGAAAGUGAAGUGAAGCAGCCCAAGUCGAGGCUUCCAGUAAAAGCAUCCGGUUGGUCAUUUCACACGCAGGGAACAGCCAUAGGCAAACAGAAGCCCAAACAAGCAGUGAAGGUUGAGGUCAGGAAGAGACGAGAGCCAGCCAUAGCCAAAGUAGAACCCAGGUCUAGAAUACCCAUCAAGGAUGUUAAAAAGAGCAGCCCUGCUGGCGCAGCUAAUUCACUUGUUUCCGUUCGGGUUACCGCACAGCCAACGAGGGCAUUGGACAAAGGGAGAGCCGCCAUACAGUUGCCCACAAGGCUACCAUUGAAGGAUAGACAUCAGGUCAGCAAUGUAAAAGUUGAGGGAGCGUGUAGAAAGGACAGACAGGAGAACCCUAGUGAGGUUUGUAAGCGCACGAUCGAAUACUUUAAAGGCAUUAGCGGGGAGACGCUAAAGUUGGUGGACCGCCUGUCAGACGAGGAGAAAAAGACGCAGACAGAGCAGUCGGAGGAAGACAGCACCUCCCGGAGCACCUCUCUGUCGGACGCCUCCCAGCCUUCCCAGCCCUCCCAGCCCUCCCGCUCAUCCAGGUCUGGUAGAGGUUCGAGGGCUGAGGCCGGGGCCGCGUCCGUAAGGGCAAAGGUGGCGACGACGGACAGGGCCUCCGGCAGUGAGAGGAGCAGGAGGAGUAGGCGGACUGGUGGGAAGGAGGGCAGUCAGGGACUCACAGGGUCUCGAACGCCUCCCAUCGCGGAGAUCAAGCCUAGUCCACAGAGUCCUUGUGAACGAACAGACUUGCGAAUGGCUAUCGUUGCAGAUCACCUGGGACUCAGUUGGACAGAGUUGGCUCGGGAGAUGAACUUCACAGUGGAUGAGAUCAACCACGUCAGGCUUGAGAACCCCAACUCUCUGACAGCCCAGAGCUUCAUGUUACUUAAGAAAUGGGUCAGUCGGGAAGGAAAAAACGCCACAACGGAUGCCUUAACUUCAGUGCUGACCAAAGUCAAUCGGAUGGAUAUUGUGACUUUACUGGAGGGCCCAAUAUUUGACUAUGGUAACAUUUCAGGCACGAGAUGUUUUGCCGAUGAUAACGCUGUUUUCCGGGAUCAGGCUGAUGAUUAUCAGAGCAUUCUAGCGGAGCUGCAGUCCCCCGCCACACUGCACUCUGACCCCAACUUCUUGGAGCCCGAACUCCCCGUCACCCCCAACCCUUCCCUUGCCCACCACCACCACCAUUACCCAGAACCAGACACCCCUUUGCUGGCUGGCUCCGAGCCUCAGCCCCUGCCCUGGAGCCCAGAGAUAGAGUCAGACAGCCCCCCUAGGAGCCCCCCCAGACCCUGUGAACUGGCCCUGUCUGCCCCAGUUUUUGUACUCCCUAAUCCUGUUCCUCCCAAGGUCAUGAAGCCCCACAUCGCUCUGAACGACCAGCUGCUUUUGAGCGAGGAGGAGGACAGGUCUUGUCAAGAAAUGGAGUUCAGCCACAAGCCCAAAGCACACUCCCUCCCUGCGAUGUGUGAGUUAGACAUCGAUAUGGCUUACUCCACAUCUUCCCCUUCACUCUCAUCAGUAUCCUCAAUAAGCCCUUCAUCGCCCGACAGACCACAAAUGAGAGAUGGAGGAGUGCAGAUGGGUUCCCCUGAUGUAAUACAGGAGGAUUUAUGUUUUAAAGGAAGUGAAAGGGAAGUGACAGUGGACAUAGAGAAGGUUGUUAAGAUGGUUGCAGCAGAGUUAGCGGAGGGAAAUGGAUUUGUGGAAAAGUGGGUAGAACAGGACUUGAUUAAAAAUGUGGAAAGAAAAUGUGAGAUGAUAACAAAAGAUAGGUCUAGACUGGAGAAUAAUAUUUUGAAGGAACAGAAGGAGGGGUUUGCAGAGGAAGACAGAGAUGUGAUAAGUCAUGGGAACAAGGGGACAGCCUCGGAGGUGGGGGAGCAGCAAAAUCUCAUAGAAACUGGACAUGAGGUGGAAAAAGGUUGUACCUCAAUAGAGGCAGAGGCUGUCAAAGAGGGUAUAAAUGAAACAGCUGAGGUUCAAAACGUUGAUGGGGACAAUGGGGAAAGGGUCUACCAGGAUGACACAGAUGAACAACUGCAGUUUAAAGAUGAAGAUGGGUUGUGUGGCAGAGAAAGGGAUAUUUGUGGGACAACUGAAGGGGACCAGACAGCCGAGGAACAAACCGUUGCUCCGGCCUCCCCUCAGGCCUGGGUUGAGGCACUCGGGGAACGUCAGCCCAGUGAGUCUGAAUCCAAUGAGGAAGAAGAGGAGGGAAACAGAGAAACACAUGAGGCAUCUCUGUUGGAGGAGGUGGAGAAAGAAGAAGGCUCGGAGGAGAAAGAGGAGAACAGAGAGAUGACCGAGGCCAGUGUUCAGGAGGCUCUUGAUCAGUUUGAACAAGCAGAAAAAGAAGUGUGUUCACUUUCAGGUUGGCACAGUGAAUCAUCCAGCGUCAUUGUGGAACCACCGACGCCGGGCCGCAGUGUCAGCUCAGACCUGCUCGACAGGCGGGAAAGCCAAGAGAACUCCAGUGACUCCGUCACUUCCUCGUCUCGGGCCGAAUCAGGGAGGUCCCGACAGAACGGCAACAACUCAAAGCACUCACCUCAGGACCGCUCGUCGGAAUCAUCGAAUGGCAGAAAGGAAGAGGGAGCACUUGUGUCGGAGAAAAAAGUCCAGGGAGAACAAGCAAAGAAUAUCCCAGGCGAGUCUGUGACCGAGGAACACUAUAUGGACCACGAUGGUAACCUCGUCAGUAGAAAAGUAAUCAGGAAGGUUAUUCGGCGGGUUUCUACUCCCACACCAGACAACCAAGGAGGUGACAGGUGGCACCGAGACCUUCACAGUCCCCCUCUGCAGGAAGAUGGGUCAGAGCAAGGAGGGUCAAGAAACAGCAGGCGAAAGGAUGACAGAAGAUCAGGGGAUAAAAAGCUACACUCAUAGGGAUGGUUGUGCUCUACAAGAUGUACAGGAACAAGGUUAGAUGUUUCCUGGGAAGACGAGUUCAGAGGGCUAGAGAUCUACAGUGUGACGACUUCAGGGUCCAGUCUGCAACUAUCUGCUUCAAACAUACGGUUUUCACGUAAGAGGAGUUGACCCUUCUGACUUACGCAUGAGCAUGAACAACUCACCUCCUGUCAAUGAAAGGACCUGGAGUUUUCUGGCCUUCUGACUGUGGUGGACCCGUGGACAAUGAUUCUGCUUCCUGUUUUGUGUGAAACGAUACGUGCCAUCGGUCCACCGGUGUCGUGAGAGCUUUGUUUGAGGAGCACCAUUUGUUGUGAAAACAAUAAAAGACUCCAUCACUGACGGCCACACAGGUGUAACUGUGACCAAAGAUGGCACAAGAGCUCAAUCCACAAGGUGGGUGGAAAGAAUGAAGUAGACACAAUAACACAACAAAAACAAAAUCUAAUGGAACACUUCUGAUCCAACUUCAACACUCGCCUUAUAGUUUUUUCUUGAAACCAUUGUUGUCAGGAUGUAAAUUGUUUGUUUGUUUUUUUUCUUCCUUUUUAAAAACUUAUACUAACACAAACGCUGUUUUCUGUAUAUAAAAUUACAAUGUGUAAAAUUCUUAAUAAAGCGUACGCGAGGGGUUGAGAACGCACUGCGGAGACAAACCUUUUCAAGUGCUUUCAAAACGUAUUGAAACGGUUCCACUUUUAAAGAUUUGAGUGUAACUUCACAGGUUCUUGUAUAAUUAACUAUUAGAGCAGGUAUAAUGUUUGUACAUGAAACAAAAAAAGCUGGUUUGAUUUUAACAAAGGACAUUUCCAGAAAAUCAAAUUCCAGUAAUUCCCAAAAUUGGGAAUGGAUUUAAUCCUACAAAAUGCAGCCUUUCAGAGUACUCAUAUUUUCAUGCAUGCUGUUCACAUUAUUUUAAGUACAACUUUUCCAAGUUUGCAAACACCUUAUUCAGAUGACAAAUAAACCCCUUUAUCUGUGUACACAUAUAGCCCAAACAUUUGUCACCGAUUUUAUACUUUAAAGUGAAAAACAAUACCAUUAAAACAUUGACCGUGUUGGUAUGACGAUGAGAAAGAGUUUGAUAGCUUCUUGAGGGUGUGAUGUCUUGUCUGUCUUUGUAAAACCGGAGGACAGCUUCUGCUACAAGAACGAAAUAAUCUGAAUGUACUGCUAGUAGGCUGGCUCGCUGUAAAAUUAUAACUGUAUUGUGCGUAUUGGCUAUAAGGUGUAGGAGUCUCUGUACACUGUUAGACUGUUUGUAAUCAUUUUCGCAGUGUGUCAAUUUGGUUUUCUAACGGCUGCUGUGGCAUUAAAGGAUAACUGGGGCAUUUCAUUUUCGAUUUCUUUUGGUGAAGUAUUUCCUUAAUUUAAAACCUACUCACAUUAAGGACACAUAAAGACAUUAUUUGAUUGUAGCUCUGAAUAGCAUAUUGUAUGACAAAAACACUGGAUGGUCAAAAACAAUUAUUUAAGCAUUAAAUAAAUUGUGUUUAACUCUGAAA